AUGUGUGUCACUCCAGGUCAUGUAUGUCAAUGUUUCGAUGGAGCCUUGUCCACUUACGGAUAUGAAGUGUCUGACAGCAAGCAAUGUGGGAAAGAUUGUACGGGAGACACUUCACAGAAGUGUGGAAAUGGAACUCAUGUGAUCCUCAUCAAUACAUACGAUGCUAUAGAUAACGGGUUCUGGACCGAGGAGGCAAAGUCUACUGUGAUCAGCGUCGUUAUACCUAUGUCGGGAGAGAUUACGAUUAAUAUGACAAACGCCAGUUACGUGAGCAAUGAUGGAAAAGCAUAUUUAACCAAGAUGGAAAUAACCGGUGAAGAAUGGCCGGAAUUAAAGAUAAAACAUUCACAAGACACUUGUGACAAUUCUAAUUCCUUUCGCAGCAACACCUUUAAAUUUACAAUUCACAAUGGCACCAAUUACGUGGAUAAACUGAUGGCAGGCUGUAUGAUAUUGAGCAACGUGACUCAACUGCUAGCGCCUUUGGAAGUCAACCUCACCUUCAGUCCUAGUCACGUGCUUUUCCCUACAAAAUUUGUAAUACAAGCUGAGUUCGAAAACAACAUUUGCGAGUACAAGGACGUGGGCGUGGUGAAUUAUGUCACACCCGACUCAAAUAUCGACAUUUGGUAUCCUCUGUCUGGCAGUACCACAAUCAAUCAUGGUGGAGUUUUGAUCCACGCUUACCAACAGCCGUUUCCGAGUCCGCGAAUUAAGGCGUAUAGGGACGUAUGGACACAUCCUUAUGUUUCCCAUAUUGAAAUACAAACCAGUGCAUCGCAGAUCAAACUAGAAGCUGGCAGUUGUGGUGGGGUAUACGAGAAUCGGUCACUCAUAGCAAGUUCUCAAGCAAACGGUUUCUAUUAUUUCAAUGCAACCCUGUUGGUUGAAAGUGAAGUGUUCACCUGUACCGACUUUGUAGUGUUGGAAAUCGAGACUGACUCCAUUUCAUCCUACCAGUCCUUCAUCUUUCAAAUGUACAUCAUGGGUUGUAUGUAUACUACUGAUCAGUCAGGUUACGUUUGUGGGGAUGUAGUCGAUUUAACUGGUGCUACACCUGGAUUCCCCUACGAUCAGAUCGUGAUACACAGCUCCAGUGUCGACAUCGCUCCUGCUCCCGUCAAACCCUGUGAUGGAACUCUCUAUCUUCCGCGGGCUAGUUUUGCAGAGCCAUUGAUUAUCACCGUCAUCCUUCUGACUGACAAUAGGAAGGAGUCCCUUCCUGUAAAUUACGUACAGGUCGUGGGGGACGUGGACUCCAUCAGUAUAGAAUACACACAAACUUACAGCAGUAGAGCCGUGGCGGUCUGGCUCCCAUUCGCCUAUAUUACAGUUAUCGGUGAUGAAUUUGAAGCACAUAUCCCUCCAACAGACAUGUAUUCGGUGAGAAUAAUUGACAGCAGUAAAGGAACUCACCACAACAUUACUGAUGUUAUUAUAAAAGCCUGUAUACUGAAUGAAGAUAUCUUUAAUGGACAUUACGUAAAUGACACCAGAUACUGUGAAGAAACCACAACAUCUACAACAAGUUCUACAACCACGACAGCAACCACUACUACUACUACAACAGUCACGACAACCACCAUUCCACCGCCUACUACUACUACAACAGUCACGACAACCACCACUCCACCGCCUACUACUACCGCGGCCACUCUGGCGUCCACCACUGCCAUGGAAUGUUGUGCAUGUACUCCUGUAAGGCCUACCAUAUCAGUCCAGCAAGCAGAGGAAAAGGCAGAGCAACUGGCAAAGGAGCUCCAGGUCGACAAAUCCACAUUGUCAUCUACUAUUAGGAAAAAAACUUCGGCCAAAGAUGAACGACCUUCCGCUACGAUGGUGGGCUCCAUAGGCGCCGUCCUUUUGUCGCUGACCUUUGGACUUGUGGUCAUAUUAGAUGCAGAUUACAUCUAUAAGAUCUACAAAAUCGCCCAGAAAUGGCGCCGUCUUCAGCAUAAGCUUAAACAAGAAAAGGACAUCUCCAAUCCAGAGGUUGAAUUGGAACCUGAACAAAACAUAGAGUGAAACAAAUACAAAUGUUUGUUAUAUCUUUGUUAUAUGUAGGCGGCGAAGACAUUCUUUUCGUUGACUUUAGGAAAGAGUUAAGAUCUAUAGAGCAGAUAACGUGUUUUAAAACAAUGCAAUUGUAAUUAUAAGACAUUUAAGAUAAAUUUCUUUUGUAUUUACAUACAAACUACAAAGGAGCAUUGCCAUGUUGUCACAUGUUCCAGUUCCCUGUAUAUGUGAGAUACAGAGUAUUAGAGGUGUGAUAUACUCUGGGGAUGUUGUACUAGCUAUGCUCUAUGCUAGAUAAUAUUUACAUUAGAUGUGGAGAACUAUGCUAGAUGCAAUAUACUAAUUGGAUGUAAUAUGCUACAGAGGUAGAAAGGCGUGGAAAGUGAUGGCAAAGAAGUGUUAUUUAAGUAUACAAGCGAGGUGGAAUACUACAGGCGUGAAAUUACAGAAACGAGGUGAAAUAUACUACAGCCGUGAAAUUACAGAAACGAGGUGAAAUAUACUACAGCCGUGAAAUUACAGAAACGAGGUGAAAUAUAAUACCGGAUCAACAAAGAAUACCGACAUAAUAAUGAAGUAAUAAUUGAUUAAACGAGGACAGAAUAUAAACAAAAACACAGAUUUACGUGGAGAUAAAAGGAAAUUAAGACCAUGUGCCCCGGAAGAGCAAGCGUCUUCAACGUGUACAAGUAAUCUGCCUGGAGAGAAAUCUAUGUUUUCUUAUGUUAGAAGACAGAAAACUGAUUAAUGUAGAAAUAUCAAGAUACAAAUCAACUCAUCUGAUGAAUUGUUAUAUACUAAGUUCAUUGUAGUUUAAGCAAAUGUAAAGCAUAAGAGUUAAUAAUUUAAUUCAACAUAGUAAUUCAUUUUAAUAUGACUCUAGUGUUGUCAUUAUAAACAAUAGUUACAAUACAUAAUUAUAUUGUUAAUUUCAUCUGAACAUAUAUCAGUGCUGAAAAUAUGUUAAAAGUCCGUCCUUUUUCAUGAGUAAAUUCAUAUAAUUAUUAUAUUUUUGAAAGGACGUGGACAAAAUCAUUUGAUAUCAUUUUCCAUUGUUGUACAUAAUUUUAACUUGAUAUGUAUGUUAAUUGCGUUAUGUGAUUAAAUUGUAAAUAUACUAUAUUUAAGAGGUAACGCUGGGUACAUUACUCCGACAGUUAUCAGUAUAUCGGUUAUACAGGCUUUCUACUGUCUAGCUUCUCUUGAAUUAUUAGCGUACACGAUUUGUUACAGCAUCUAAGGUCAUAUGAAAACGGCGUCCAAGGAAAAGAGGACCGCUUACAGGCCAAAUGGUAUUGUGCUGCGACAAACUUAGACCUUAGACAAAGAGGAUCGAGCCACAUUAUACCGACAUCUGGCUACUCUGUCCUUAUACUACUCAUUACAUGUCUGAUCGCCAGGAAGAGGGCAGUAAGGACUAAUUAAGAGUUUUUUUCCCUCGGGACAGACUCGAACCCCAUACCAUUUCUCUCUAUUUGACGCUUAACACUAAGUCUGAAGCCAAGUAAGGUAUCGAGAAAAAAACGUGAACAAGAUCGAAUCAUUGUAAAUGAUUAAAUGAAUGUAAACAAAUCCGUCUCGGCUGGUGUUGGCUUCCUCUUGCCUUCUGCAGGGGUUCCCACAUUAGUCGCCUCUUACGACAUGCAGUGGGUAGCAGCAGGUGUAUUCUGUCUUAGUCCCCCGACCUGCAGGGGUGUAUCAUCAUGUAGAGGGGUAUGUGUUGGGGUAUGUGUUUCUACAACCUCGUGUCGUCGUCAAAAGGCAAACUACUAGCCUUUACUUUGUGGUGUCCAGACAAAUGUUUAACCGACUAUACCGCUAGUGUAGCUAUUGAUAGCUGUCAUACAUCUAAAGAAUAGCAUCGGCUUGUCGUUGAUGUUUUGCUUUGGCCAUGAAUUUAGAAAUAAAUAAACAUUUUUUAACACG